GUUCGCGGCGCGCUGUUCAGUCCGGUGAGUCACCGUCCGCGCUGGAAUACAGAGAAAGAGAGAGAGAGUGGCGGAUAACGAACGGAAAACGGGAAAGAGCUGGAGCUGCGAGCAUGGCGGUCGAAGAGGAAGGUCUUCGGGUUUUCCAGAGUGUCAAAAUCAAAAUCGGUGAAGCGAAGAACAUCCCUCAGUAUCCGGGUCCCAAUAAGAUGCGGGACUGUUACUGCACGGUCAACCUGGACCAGGAGGAAGUGUUUCGAACCAAAACCAUAGAGAAAUCCUUAUGUCCGUUCUACGGCGAGGACUUUUAUUGUGAAAUCCCACGCAGUUUCCGCCAUCUGUCCUUCUACAUUUUUGACAGAGACGUGUUCAGGAGGGACUCCAGCAUCGGUAAAGUGGCUGUGAAGAAGGAAGACCUGCAGAAAUACCACGGUAAAGACCACUGGUUCCCGCUGCAGCCGGUCUGUGCAGAUUCAGAGGUGCAGGGAAAGGUUCACCUGGAGCUGCGUCUCAGUGAGGUCAUCACAGACAGCGGAGUCAUCUGCCAUAAGCUGGCAACAAGGGUUCUGGAGUGUCAGGAUCUGCCCAUAGUGAAUGGCCAGUGUGAUCCGUACGCUGCCGUCUCGUUACUCGGCCCCUCCAGGUCAGAAGCCAAGAAGACGAAGGUCAAACGAAAAACCAACAAUCCUCAGUUUGAUGAGGUCUUCUUCUUUGAGGUGACCAAACCGCUGAGCUACACCAAACGCCAGUUUGACGUGGAAGAGGACGACGUGGAUAAGCUCGCGCUCAAGGUGGAUCUGUGGAACGCCAGCAAUCUGAAGUUCGGAGACGAGUUUCUGGGAGAGGUACGGGUGCCGCUGAAGGUGCUGGGACAGUCGGGUGUUCAUGACGCAUGGUACUUCCUGCAGCCCAGAGAUAACGGCAAUAAAUCGGUGAAAGCCGAUGAGCUGGGCUCGUUACGACUCAACAUCGUUUACACGGAGGACCACGUGUUCCCCACGGAGCAUUAUAACCCGCUCCGAGACCUGCUGCUGCAGUCGGCGCACGUCGAGCCCGUCUCGGCGUCGACGGCUCACAUCUUGGGCGAGGUGUGCCGUGAGAAGCAGGAGGCGGCCGUCCCGCUGGUGCGACUCUUCCUUCACUACGGUAAAAUCGUGCCUUUCCUCAGUGCCAUCGCUCACGCCGAGAUCAACCGCACGCAGGAUCCCAACACCAUAUUCCGGGGAAACUCGCUGACGUCCAAAUGCAUCGAUGAGACCAUGAAGCUGGCGGGGAUGCAUUACCUGCGCGUCACGCUCAAACCCAUCAUCGAUGAAAUCUGCACUGACCACAAACCCUGCGAGAUCGACCCCGUCAAGCUGAAGGAGUCUGAGAACUUGGACACCAACAGGGAAAACCUGCGGCAGUACGUGGACCGGAUCUUCAACGUCAUCACCAGCUCGGGUGUGAGCUGCCCGACGGUCAUGUGCGACAUCUUCUUCUCGCUGCGAGAGUCUGCGGCGUCACGCUUUCAGGUUGACCCGGACGUGCGCUACACGGCUGUCAGCAGUUUCAUCUUCCUCCGUUUCUUUGCUCCUGCCAUCCUGUCUCCAAACCUCUUCCACCUGCGGCCGCAUCACCCGGAUCCGUGCACGUCUCGAACGCUGACGCUCAUUUCCAAAACCAUCCAAACUCUGGGAAGCCUGGCCAAAUCCAAAUCUGCCAAUUUCAAAGAGUCCUACAUGGCGGCGUUCUACGACUACUUCAACGAGCAGAAGUACGCAGAUGCGGUGAAGAACUUCCUGGAUCUGAUCUCGUCCUCGGCCCGCUGGGAUCAGAAGAGCAUCGAGACGCCCAUCAUGCUGAAGGAAGGAUUCAUGAUCAAACGAGCUCAAGGGCGAAACCGCUUCGGUCUGAAGAACUUCAAGAAGAGAUGGUUCCGCCUGACCAACCACGAGUUCACCUACCACAAAACCAAAGGUAACGCAAAAGGAGAGGGCGCUCUGUGCAGCAUCCCAAUUGAAAACAUCCUGGCUGUAGAGAGACUCGAGGAAGAGUCUUUCAAAAUGAAGAACAUGUUCCAGGUCAUCCAGCCGGAGAGGGCGCUCUACAUCCAGGCCAAUAACUGCGUGGAGGCGCGCGACUGGAUCGACAUCCUGACCAAGGUCAGUCAGUGUAACCGCAAGCGUCUGAGCACGUACCACCCGUCGGCCUACCUCAACGGACACUGGCUCUGCUGUAAGCUGUCUGCGGACACGGCGCCCGGCUGCACGCCCUGCACGGGGGGACUUCCUGCCAACAUCCAGCUGGACGUGGAUGGAGACCGAGAGACGGAGCGGAUCUACUCGCUCUACAGCACGUACAUGGCCAAACUAGUGAAGAUGCAGGAGGCGUGUGGCAGUAAGUCGGUGUACGACGGCCCAGAGCAGGAGGAAUACUCCACGUUUGUGAUCGACGACCCGCAGGAGACGUAUAAAACCCUGAGACACGUCAUCUCAGCCGUACAGACACUGGAGCAGCAGCACAUGCAGUACAAACGAGACAAGUUCAGGAAAACUAAGUAUGGCAGCCAGGAACAUCCGAUCGGUGAUCAGAGCUUCCAGUGCUACAUCCGCCAGCAGUCAGAAAGCUCCACCUACUCCAUCUGACCACGCCCACUGCAGACACUGCACGGUCUCCGUGGCAACAGUCGCAUCUCAGACGGGAAACUCUGAGAUGUGACUGACGAAAAGGCGGCCACAGUCAAAAGCUAAACCUCUGGUGUUUUUAUACGAUUUUAACCAAUCAACAGCUUUCUCCGAACGGCGUGGGCCGCCGCGCACUUUAUACGUCACACGCUCCUGUGGAUGAUGUAGCUCCACCUCACGGCACGUUUUAACGUUCAAUUAUGUUUUUAAGCUAGAAGACGACCAGACGUCCUCAAACGAUGGAUGUUUUUAUAAACGGAGUAGUGGACCAAAGGACAGAUCCCACAAUCCUUUGCUUUGACGGGGUUUCGAUGGUGGAUGCGAGACUGCCGCUGAACCCGUAACCGCGUUUUUAACUCGUAUAGAAAUACUCUGCUCUGUUUCCGCCUGCUCUUUCCUCCAUUCACACGCGUCCAGUAUUGACUUGUGUCGUCAGGCCCACGCCGUGGGGAACGUGUGGUUCGGUGUGUGUUACAGCAUGCAGACGUCCUCGUCCCGGCCGUUUCCAGCAUGCGGCGUGACUCUGAACCGCUGUCUGAUGGGUCCAGCUGUGUUCAGCAUCACAUUGUGUUUUUAUACUUUCUGUUGAGUCUCACGUCCUGGAAAUUCACUGCUCUGGUUACAGUGUGUGUGCGUGAGUGUGAGUGUGUGAAUCUGAAGUGAGCAUGCAUGAGUGCAUUUCAUUAAUUAUGAAUAAUAACUCCCAGUUCAUCACAUCACACUUUAUAGAGAUGUUUGAUAUGAACCUGAUUAUUUUGAUACAUUUCAUGAAACCUGUCAAGAUCAUGACCUGCUCACAUUUCACCCUAAAAUCAUAUAUAUAUAUAUAUAUAUAUAUAUAGAAAAUAUAUAUAAAUGACCCUGGACCAUAAAAAACAGGCAUAAGUGUCACGGGUAUAUUUGUAGCAAUAGCCAAAAAUUUGGGUCAAAACUAUCAAUUAUUAGGAUAUUAAGUAAAGGUCAUGUUCCAUGAAGAUAUUUAGUAAAUUUCCUACCAUAAAUAUAUUAAAACUUAAUUUUUGAUUAGUAAUAUGCAUUGCUAAGAACUUCAUUUGGACAACUUUAAACGUGAUUUUCUCAAUAUUUUGAUUUUUUGCACGCUCAGAUUCCAGGUUUUCAAAUAGUUGUCUCUCGACCACAUAUUGUCCUGUCCUAACAAACCAUGCAUCAAUAGAAAGCUUAUUUAUUCAGUUUACAGAUAAUACAUCUCAGUUUUUAAAAAAUGACCCUUAUGACUGGUUUUGUGGUCCAGGGUCACAUACAUAUACAUACAGAUACAAAAUACAUGAAAUCCAGUACUGAAAUCCACUUUACAAGCAUUAAGACAUUUUCAAGACAAAUGUUAGCAAAUACAUUUCAGCCGCAAAUAAAAUGAAAUGUAAUUGUGACUUCUUAUCCCACAGUUCAGAGUUUAUUUCUGACAGUUUAUAUGUUGCAGUUCUGACUUCAGAAUUGUGAGAUGAAACUUUUUUAUUUUUUUAUCCCAUGGUGGGAAUGAGCUUCCUGAAAAACUCCUGAAAAUGCAUCAUAUUCUUUAUGCGGAAGAUCAUUUUUUGAUUUUCUUCUGAUUUUGGGGUGAAACAUGAGCUGGAGAUUCACACUUGUAUUCUUCUGUUAGUAUGGUGUUGUAUUUUUGUUAACACACGGUUCUUGUGUUUCUGUACGUCCCUCGGUGAUGCAUGUUUCAGUGCUUAGAUAUUUCAAAACAGCCCCUUUUUUGCCCAAAUGAAUUGCUAUUUAUUUUUAUAUCACAGAAUAAUGUUUUUGUGAAGAAAAAAAAAGUCAAAUCAAAACUCAGAGUAAUCCAAACGCACAGUAUGAAGUAUGCAAUAAUGUCACCUAUGAGUAAUUCUCCUGUUUUUGAUCUGUAAUUGAUGAAGGAACUUUGAUGGCAGAUCCUUAAGAAUGGACAGCGGUGUGUUCGUAUGACGUGUGUACAGAGUAGCCCACUGAAUGAGACACACGUGUUUCUUUUGUCCAAAUGAAGGCGACAGCAACGA